CAAUUGAGCAACUCAACUCCCUUCCUCCGGCAUUGAACAUCAGACAACAAUGAACGCCACCAGCCAACAGCAGGGGCAGGGGCAGCAGCAGCACCCUAACAUCGAAGGCAGGCACGAUGAUGACGCUGCCCUCUCUGAAUUCCUCGCCUCCUUGAUGGACUACACUCCCACUAUUCCAGAUGAAUUAGUGGAGCAUUACUUGGCUAAAAGCGGCUUCCAGUGCCCUGAUGUGAGAUUAAUCAGGCUGGUUGCAGUUGCUACACAGAAGUUCAUUGCUGAUGUGGCUACAGAUGCUCUUCAGCAAUGCAAGGCAAGGCAGUCUGCUGUAGUCAAAGAUAAGAGAGAGAAGCAACAAAAGGAUAAGCGGCUAAUUUUGACUAUGGAGGAUCUUUCCAGGGCAUUGCAUGAGCAUGGCGUCAAUGUGAAACAUCAAGAGUAUUUUGCUGACAGCCCUUCUGCUGGGUUAGAUCCCGUUUCAAGGGAUGAAUAAUCGGAGACCCUUGUUAUUAUUCCUUCAUCAGUCUCUCCUCCUCAUAGUUAUUGUACUGUAAAAUGAUUUCUCUGCUAGUCGAAGACUGUUUAGGAUACAUUGUACCAAGUUAUUUAGAUUAUUUAAAUCAAUAUUACAUUUGCUAGUCAAUUUGAUGUUGGCUUUUUGAAGUUGUGAAACAAUAUGAUUUUGACUAUUGUUUGUUUUUGGCU